AUGGCUCUGGGUGAGGUGCUGGUACAUGUGAGGACCAUGCUCCUGAAGUUGUGCUUGAGAGUGUUGCUCUUUCUCUCUGUUUGGCCUCUGACUUGGUGUGCUGAAUAAUCCCCCCCAGAAGUGGUGAUACCCUUGAGGGUCACUGGCACUAAUGGAAACUCACACCCUAAAGGCUGGCUGUCCUAUAGCCUGCACUUUGGGGGCCAGAGACAUGUUAUCUACAUAAAGCUUAAUACAUUUUUGGUAUCCCAACACUUCUCUCUAUUCACUCACAGUGACCAAGGCAAUCUCCUUGAGAACCAACCUUUUGUCCAGAGUGACUGCUACUACCUUGGUUUUGUAGGAGACCUAGAGUACAUGGUUGCUCUUACCACUUGUUUUGGAGGCUUUAGAGGAACAUUACAGAUAAAUGACACAGCUUAUGAAAUCAAGCCCAAGAACUUUUCAUCCACAUUUGAGCAUUUGAUUUAUAUGAUGGACAGCAAGAAGACAGAAUUACCCGCCAUGAGAUAUGGAUUAACAGAAGAAGAAAUAGCAUGGCAAGUGAAGCUUGAAGAGAGCACUAACUCCACCCUGAUCCAAAGUGACUAUGGGAUAUGGUAGACUCACAGACGGUACAUUGAGCUGCUCUUGGUUGUAGACCAUGGACGAUUCCUUUCUAGAGGAAGUAAUACUUCACUUGUGAUGCAAGAUAUAUUCAUCUUUAUGAAUAAAAUAAGUUUCUUAUUCUUUCCAGUGGAUGUUAAUGUUGCUCUAGUUGGACUUCAGAUCUGGAAUAAUGGCAACCCUAUGGAAAUUAAAAAGAUAUAUAAUCUCUUGCCACACCUGCCAAUUGAGAAUUUCCAUAGGCCACAUGAUAUUGCACACCUUUUUGUACAUCAUAAUUUUAAGAAGUAUUUUGGCAUAGCCUAUGUUGGAACAAUAUGCAAUUCGACUUUUGGUUGUGGAGUUGAUAGUCUCCUGGGAGAGAAUUUCUUUGACUUUGGACAAAUUGUGGCACAUGAAAUAGGUCAUAAUUUUGGCAUACCACAUGAUGGGAGAUUUUGUACAUGUGGGACAGGACCAUGUGUAAUGGCUCUAACAGCAAACCAUUCCAGGAAUUUUAGCAAUUGUAGUUAUGCUGUGUUGUGGACAACUGCUGCCAAAACAAGCUGCAUAUACACCCCACCUGACCCUUUGGAUGGGAAUGGUGUGGUUGAACAAGGAGAGGAGUGCAAUUGUGGAUCCUCCAUAUUGUGUGAAGAAGAUCCGUGCUGUCUGCCAGGCUGCACUUUGAAAUCGGGAGCACUCUGUGCUUCUGGGCUUUGUUGCUAUGAAUGCAUCUUGCCACCAGGCACUCUGUGUAGACAAGAGGACAAUGAAUGUGACCUUCCAGAGUGGUGCAAUGGAACGUCACAUGAGUGUCCUGAAGAUGUCUACGUGCUGGAUGGGAGCCCUUGCAGGGGUGAUGGCUACUGCCAUGAAAAGAGAUGUAAUAACCACGAUGAACAGUGUCAAAGAACUUUUGGUGAGGAAGCCAGGAGUGCACUGGAAGGAUAAACCAUCAAGGAGAAAGAAGAGUCCAGCAUUUCAAACCGAUGCAAACUAGGCAAAUCUAAUGAAUUGUGAAAAUAAUCCCAACAUUUAAUGAAAUUUUCCAUGCAGUAAGUUUUAGUGGCCUGGCAGGAGAAAUGUUAAUGUAUGUGUCUGUGUGUCAGAAAUCACAGAUAUACAAUCCCAGUGAUCUAUAAUGGCUCAGAAUAAUAUGAUAUUACCAUUCAA